GAGGAUAGAGAGGAGAGAGCGAGAGGGACAGAGAGUGGUUGCUUAUACAGGAGUGUGGAAUCGCUGCCGAAGGUGUGGUUUAAUGAAUCUUGCUCGUUUUUUUUUUGCCUGUCUCUCAGUACCUGGGGUUAGCUAGUAACGUGAAGAUUUUGGGUCCUGCUGGAUAAUGCUUGGAUUGUGGCAGAUGUCCUUCAGGAGUCUGAUCUCGGGAUCACUCUUUCAUGCUACAGGCCUUUGUGCUGAAAAUCACACAGUUGAUGUAUAACAUGAGUUCUAAGCAUCUCUCUGACUGGAUCCCUUACAGUGUUCUGGAUGACGAGGGCAGUAACCUGAGACAACAGAAGCUUGACAGACAGCGCGCUUUACUGGAACAGAAGCAAAAGAAGAAGCGGCAGGAGCCCCUGAUGGUCCAGUCAAAUGUUGACAGCCGAUCACGGACUCGGCGAAUGAAGCAAUCAGAAGAGCAGGCCCCUCUGGUUGAAUCUUACCUUAACAGUAACAGCAGUACCAUUUAUCAUGCAGUCCAAGAAGCCGAACAUGAGGAUGUAAAGGUUGUUACAGAUGUGCAAGCUCCAAAGCCUACUAAAAAAUCAAAGUCCUCAGCUGCAGGUUCACAAGCUGCCAGCCUCAAGAAGGAGAAAAAGGCGAAACCGAAAGGGAUUGAUGGUCCUGCUGCCUUUCAGGAUGAAGCGCAGGAGGUGGGAAGUCAAAUUCAGAUUCUCACUGUUGGACAGUCCAGCAAUGAUGAUGAGGCCGAUACAGACACUGCAGCCAGUGCACAACAAACAACAAAGCAGGAUCUUCGAGUAACGAUGCAGAAAAAGGGUAUUUCUAGCAGCAUGAACUUUGAUGAGGAAGAAGAUGAAGAAGAUGAAGACAGCUCUAGCUCUUCUCAGUUGAACAGCAAUACCAGGCCUGGAUCUGCUUCCAGUAAAAAAUCUAAUAAAGAAGCUGCCUCAGUCUCAACCCCUCCAGGAACUGAUGCUCUAAUAGAUGUGGAUGACCUUGAAGAGUUUGCUGUGAGACCAGCUCCACAAGGAGUCACCAUUAAAUGCCGAAUAACAAGAGAUAAGAAGGGAAUGGACCGUGGAAUGUAUCCUACCUACUACCUCCACCUGGAAAGGGAUGAUGGAAAAAAGAUAUUCUUACUGGCAGGAAGAAAACGAAAGAAGAGCAAAACAUCAAAUUACCUCAUCUCUAUAGACCCCACUGACCUUUCACGUGGUGGAGAGAGCUUUAUUGGCAAACUCAGAUCAAAUCUAAUGGGCACCAAGUUUACAGUCUAUGAUAACGGAGUGAAUCCAGAAAAAGGAAGUUCAAGCCUAGAUGCAAGUAACUUGCGACAAGAGUUGGCAGCUGUUUGCUACGAAACAAAUGUUCUGGGUUUCAAGGGACCUCGGAAGAUGAGUGUAAUCAUUCCUGGCAUGAACAUGGAUCAUGAAAGAGUGUCUAUCAGGCCUCGCAAUGAACAUGAAACUUUGCUGGCAGGAUGGCAGAACAAAAAUACGGAGAGUAUAAUUGAGCUUCACAACAAAACUCCAGUAUGGAAUGAUGAUACUCAAUCCUAUGUCCUUAAUUUCCAUGGUCGGGUUACACAGGCUUCUGUGAAGAAUUUCCAAAUUAUUCAUGACAAUGACCCGGAUUAUAUAGUGAUGCAGUUUGGUCGGGUGGCUGAAGACGUCUUUACCAUGGACUACAACUACCCAAUGUGCGCAUUGCAAGCAUUUGCGAUUGCUCUGUCAAGCUUCGAUAGUAAACUAGCUUGUGAAUAAUUGGAACAUUCGAAGGAGCAACAUGUAUUUGAAGGACAAGCUUGCUUUCUUUGCUUUGAUAUAUUGGUUGCAGAUCAUAGACAUAAUUCAUCCUCAGUAUCGUACAUUUCGUUGCAAGUUUACGGGAUGAUUAAAAUUGAAUCGGGGUUCAAAAUCCAGCGUAGGACCCAUUUUAAAUAUUUUAAUAAGCCUUGUGUCCGUUUCACUUUUUUGUUAAACAGGCACGGGUCUUUGCAUGGUCCGUAAGGCAUCACUGUUGUGGUAAUUUUGUGUGGACCUUUGGAACAAAACAUUGUCCUAAAAAGAAAAUAAAGGAAAAUAGAACUUUUAUUCUGAAAUGGCAGCUAUAGAAUCCCAUGGGUAUUGAAUCAGAAUAUGAGAGAAAUUUCUUCACGUUAACCUUUAAAGUACUAACCUUUGUGUCAUUUCUUGUACGUAUUCAGGUUAUUCUUUUCAGUUUGGUUAGAAGGUACUUUCCACAAAUGUCAUUGUGCUUGUUCUGCCAGUACCUUAUGCAGCACAGUAGUAAUUAACCUAAUGCUGCUGAUGUUUAACCAUGCAAUCCAAUCUGUAAGAGAAAUUCAUUAUUUCAAGCGAUAGUGUGAUUGACCAUUUGAAUACAGUUUAUAAACUAAUAUUAAUAUUAUUCUAAUGAUUUUCCAUUCAUUCAUUUUUGUUUACUUUUACAUGGGAUAUUGUCCAAAUAUUGACAUCCGAGAAAGAGAUAUUCUCCUUAUGUUGGAUCAUUUAUCGUUGAGGCAACUUAGACAGAGUUUGCAUGGAUAUGUAUUUCCUUAUAUGCAAAUGAAUACCUGUUAAUGACACUGUGUGGAGGUUUUUCAUCAUUGUGUCUCGAUUGCACUGUUGGAAAAUAAUGUGGGUUGCAAGCAUAUCAAUGACGAUGGUAGGAAUCAAAAGAAAAUUAUGGAGGGGGAGGCUAAGUAUGUGGCUACCUCUGGGAUCUCUGGUCAAUUAAGGAUGGCAGGUAGGUUCCUGAUUGUGGAGGCCAUUCAGCAUUGGUAGAGCAGCAGCCCCUGCAUCAACAAUGGGAAAUACUGAUCUAUGUAUGUACACUGGACUUGGGAAGGUGGGGGAGGAUUCAAAAUGCCACCUUGCAAAGUAUUUUCAUGUUUCAUGAUAAAUAAUGUUGAUAUCUGUCAAACUGUCAUUGUGGAGAGCAGUGACGGCCAUGGUGGAUAAGGAUUAAAUUGCAUGAUGCGUCAAUAGUCUGCCGUCUGCCUUCAGGAGAUGGCCCCCCUUCACCAGCCUGGAUUCUGAUCUGUGCUCUCACGGGCAAUUUAAUUGGCAUAAUUGGCUACUUACAACUGGCAGGCAGCCUCCUUCAAAAUAACUUGAGGACUUAACCAUUGCAAAAAACUGGCGCAUCAGUAUUGGACCUUGCAAGCACUCAGGAUUUUAGUCUCGUCUCCACACCUUCAAGAAAAUUUACUUCUGCGCAUUAAAUAUUUAAGUUUCCUAUUUCCUAUCAUGCACCCGACAUUGGACUAAUGAAUAAAAGUAAGCAUCAAUAAAGUAUAAGAUAAUAAAUAAGGGAAAGAAUGUUAAACAGAAUAACUUUAAAUUUAAAAAAAAUGGAUACUUCUAGGUUAAAAAGAAUGACAAGUAAGGUCUCAUUUAUUAAACAUACUUUAUAAAGGAUCAAGCUUUCAAGCAGGUAAAUGUAAAAGUGGAUGGAUAAAGACUAGUGAAAUUUUCCACAAGUUCCUAUUUGUACCCAGGUCAAUGACGCUGAGCUCUCACGUAAUGGAGAAAUGGAUGUUAAUACACGUUUUUGGUUACUGGAAUUUGCAACUACAGGAGCAGCUGAAGUGACCUGUGUAGAGGUGUUGAAGUGGAACUAGAUAAUCAUAUCAGGGCGAAAGAGUCAGGAGGUUAUGCUGAUAGAGUUAGAUGAAGUUGAGUGGGGCAAGUCUCAUGCUGAGCAAAAAUACUGGCAUGAACCUUUAGUGCCAAAUGACCUGUUUCUGUGUUGCACAUUCUAUAAUGUUCUAUGUUUUUAUUAGCUCUGGCUCCAUGAAUAUCAUUACAUUUUACUAUAGGCUUGUAGUAGUUUAUUUUUCAAGCAGAAGUCAACACUCUUAAAGAUUGUGAUAAUGCUUGGGAAUCACCCAAGCUCCACGUUUCUUCUGUUCCCACAUUAUUAAAAAUGAGUUUUGGUUGCAAAUAAUUCUAAGCUAUUGUACCAAGGUCAAAGAUUGGAUUUUCUUUGAAGCGUUUGUACAUCAGUUUGUACACUGUCUGAAGGAGAUUUUCAUCAAAAUGGCAUUCAAUGGAUAUUGUUCACAUAAGCAUUUGGGACCCUUGCACUUGUCUAUCCCCUUUUGAAUUUAGCAUUGCUGAGCAUGAUUUGUUCUUUUUGGGAGAAUGGCAGAACAUUCUCACAUGUAAACUAGUCUUUGUGGGUGGACAGAAACACAUUAUUAUAUUAAUUACUACUCCAUUAGAAGCAUCUAGCUAUUUUUACAUUGAACUUAGAAACUGAGUAAGACCAGUAGCAUAAAAAGAAAGAUUUGCAUUUAUUUUGCACCACAAAUGACCACAGGACAUUCCACUGUGCUUUACUGCCAAUAGAAUACUUUUGAAGUGAAAUCACUAUUGAUAAUGUCAGAAUUGCAGCAGCCAAUUUCUACAUAGCAAGCUCACACAAACAACAAUGCGAUAAUAAUCAAAUAAUCUAUUUUGAGAUGUCAUGUAAGGGAUAAUUAUUGGCCAGAACAUGAGGAUAACACCUCUGCUUGUCUUCAAAAUAGUACCACUGGGGAUCAUUAACAUCCAUCUAAUAGACCGAUGGGGUCUCAGUUUUAAUAGCUUCCCCGAAAGAUGACAGCAUUAAUAUGCAGCACUAAACUGGAGUGUCAGCCUAUUGUGUUCAUUUCCUGAAAUGGGAUUUGAACUCAUAAACUUCAGACACAGAGAUGAGACAGCCACCAAAUGAACCAUGUCAUGAAGCUGUAAUGAUGAUAAUAAAUUGGCUUUGGCUUUAUCUCAGGGUCAUGGGCCAAAAAAAUCUUAUCAAAGUUAGGAAACUAAAUGCUGAACUAUGGUUGUGCGAUUUUAUUGUGAAAAGCUAAUGUGUUCAUAAUGAAUUUCUUCAUCUGUAGCAUUAAACAUUGAAGUUGCAACUGCACCUAACAAAAUAAUGAAUGAAACUAUUUGAUGCAAUCAUGUUGAAUGCAUCAAUAAUACACUGCAUAUUUUCUAGGCUGAAAUCUUGUGACCAUAAUCAAGUAAAAGGUUUAAAUUCACUAUUAAAAUGAAUACCCUGGAGGUUGUGACAUUCCAUUUGUUAUUAAAUAUAUGUGUCACCACAUAUGACUGGGUGAAAUAAAGCAGAUCUCAUUUGGGACAACCUGUGUUAGAAUCAAUAUCACUUACAAGAAAAUAAUGUGACUAGAUUACGUGCAUAUGGUUAUUUAUGUUAUAAUACUAGCCUGUGACCACAAAUCGGAUUAUUCUGGCAUUGAGUAUCAACAUAAGAAAGCAGGAGUAGGUAAUACUGCCUCUCAAGCCUACUCCAUCAUUGAACAAGACCAUAGCUGAUCUCCAUACUCAACUCCACUUUCCAAUAUCCCUUGGUUCUCUUAAAAUCCAAAUUCUAUUAAUCUUGGACAUACUCAGCAAGUAAGUAUCCAUAGGGCAAAAGUGAGGACUGCAGAUGCUGGAGAUAAGAGUCUAGAUUAGAGUGGUGCUGGAAAAACACAGCAGGUCAGGCAGCAAAUGCUUUGUCAUCUCUAACUCCUUCUGAAACAAUGUCCCGAAUUCUAGGCUAUAGACACAGGGGAAGAACCUCAGCUUAAAGGCUCUCAGAAUCUUUCAGGUUUCACUGAAAUUAUCUAUCAGUCUUCUAAACUCCUAUCUCAUUAUCUUCAAUGCAUCUGCAUGGGACAAACUGCUCAGCUAGGAAUAAAUGUAAGGAACCUUGGCCAGAGCUUCUCUAAGGCACUUGUACCCUUCCUCGGUACAGCAACCAAAUCGGUACAUGAUACUGCAGCUGUAGUCUCACUCUCAUUAGACCAUUGAUUUCACACUAUUUCUGAUCUGUUUGGGGUUUCCCACCAUGAAAGCAGAGAACAGUUGGUGGAAUCUUCUACUUUCAUUGAUGGUGAGAUGGGGAGGGGUUGGGGAGAGGGGGGGGAGGGGGGAGGUGGUGGAGAGAUUGGAUAGGAUGACGAUGCAUCUAAAUCCUGCUGCCUUUGCACCUCUGAGCAGCUAGAGUCCUGAGCAGGGAGCCCUAUAGUCGGCAUGUCCAGGCUGCUGCCAAUUUAGACCAUAGUUGGUGAAUUAAGUAGUAUAAAGGUCUCAUUUCACCAGUGUUGGGAUUAAGCCAGCUACAGACAAGCCUGGUGACACAUGACGUGCAGCUAAAGAUCAUGUGGCCAGCUUGUCACCUCUGGGUGGGGAGAUGCCUUGAUCAAAGAAACUCAGUGCCUGCUCAAGGGAUUAGACACUGGGAAGGGGAGGCCAGCUGACUGCCAUUCCUUGCUAUUACUGCUGACAUUCAUGCUCGCCACUCCCUGGUACCUCCACCCCCAGAACUCCAUCCUCCCCUGCCACCAACAUUACUUACAAGUGACCUAGGUCCAUGGGCAAUGCUGGGAUUAUGGCCCCUGUCCUCUGGCCCAUUCAGUGGCACUUCUGAGCACAAGAUUUUCACCUCGGAUUCUGGCUCCUGGAGAAGUCUUGCUGGCUAGCACCCACUAUCUGAUUGGCUUGUAACUCGGCAGGCCUCCCUGAAAAGAGUCAGUGCAAGUCUCUCGGAAUCUGUCCGGCUAACAACCAAAACCCCCAAUGCCUCAACAACGUAUCAGGAUCAUUCUUAGCCAACAGGCUGCUCACUAUGAGAUUACUAAUUAACUUGUCUGAUCACAGAAGGCAAGAUACCAAGUAGUCUUUUCCCCGUUGUUUCCACUAUGUAUUGUUCUCAAACACUAUUUCAAAUGCAUUCUAUAAAGUCAUCCUCCAAAUUACUUUUGUCAAUUUGACAUGUCUAGUCUAUAUAAAGAUUAAGGUCUCCCAGGGCUAUUCUGAAACCUUUGAUUCCAAUUCCUCAUAAUUCUUGAUCAACGAUACUGAUACUGUUAGAAUGCCUAUAAACUAUUCCCACCUCUGUUCUCUGCCCCUUGUUACUUCUCAUCUCCAUCAUUCUGAUUCUACUCCUUGAUAUACUGAGCAUUCCUUCAGAGUAUCUUGUCUUUUUUUUAUAAUCGGGCUAUCAUCACCAUCUUUCCGUUUUGCCUUUCUGAAAUGUCAUGUGCUCAGGAAUAUUUAGUUCCCAACCUUGAUCACUAUGCAACCGUAUCUUUGUAUUAUUUGUUAGAUUAACGCCACCUGUACUGAUGCUUUGGUCCAAUUAUCUGAAUUAAUUGCUUGGUGACAAAUAGAAGAUUAUAUCAGUUUUUAAACUUUACAUUUCUGCUUUUCCCUUUGUCACAUUUACGGCUGAAAGAACACACAUGAAGUCACAGGUUUAAUUUUUGUCAAAUAUUUAACAGGGUGUAAGGAGGUUGUUUUUCAUCGCAUUUACAUGUAUUCCCUGUCUUUCAUGUAGUACCUCCAGAUCAAAUGACCCUCUAUGAACUACUUGUACCAUAUCCAAGUGACAUAUAAUACCUAUUACUCAAUUUGCCGUUAUGACACCCUCCACCUUUUAUACUGUUUGAUUCCACAAACUAUUCUCCAAUGUACAGACUGGAAUUCAGAACUGCCUUGGAAAUUCUACCUCAUUACUGUAGUUGUGUAUAUUCAUUCUAUGCAUGCUUAAAUUGAUGCAGAUAAACACAUAACAUUAUUUAAGUUAUGAAUGCAGGCUGAGAAGCUUAGUAGAAUGAAAAGAUUGUUGGUUCAAAGUGGAAUUGGGGCACAUAUCAGGUGUGGCAGAGUAGGGCCUUCCCUGAAAUAUGAACAUAUAUUUGCAAUCAUUCACAUAACAGACAAAUAUUGUCCUUGAUUUACAGCAGAAAUGGCUGCAAUCAUUGAGCAGUAUAUGGAACUGUAGACAUGGAAAGGUUUAGUGGAAUGGAUAAUAGUCUCACUGAAAAUGGUGGAGUAGAAAAGAUACUUGAUAAAAAGAUAAAAGAUGAAAAACAUUUGCUUCUGUAAACUGAAAAAUCUGAUUGGUGAAACAAGCAUUUGCAACACAGCAUGCAAGUAAAUAUGCCCUCCAAAUAUUAAAUAUCUUUCAUCUGAACCAUGCAACCUAUAAGAGCUUACUCAGUGCAAGACAGUACAUGCAGAAAAGAGCAGGGAAGUAAAUGGUCGGAAUUCUAGAUAAAAUUGUAUAAGAAAGAAUUAAAGAACAAGUGUGUGUGCUAACCUGAACGGGUUACAACAAUUCUGAAGUGGAUUCACACUAAGAAAGCUUGUAAAUCAGGAUGUUGCUUAUCUAAUUUUUAAGUAAGCUCAUGUCUAUUAAGUUAUAUCAUUUGUAAUUCUUCAACUUUCCAAUUUUUCCGAUAGAUUGACCUGUUCUUAAUCACAUAUAGCAAUUGCAGCACAGAAACUCACCUUUCAACCUAACAGAUCUAUGUUUCCCACAAAGUCUUUUUGCUUUUUUUAUUCAUAUAUUCUGGUUGUCACUGCAUUAAUUUCCGAUCCUUAAAUUGCCCUUGAAGCUGCCUUCUUGGACACAAGUGACUAGCUUGCUGUGGCAUUUCAGAAAGCAAUUACAAAUGAACCACAUUGUUGUGGUUCUGGCCUCACAGGUAAAUCAAAUUGGCUGUAAAUGACAGAUUUCCUUUCCGAAAGGCGAUACGCAAACCAGAUUUUUUUUAACAACAGUCUGAAUGUUUCAUGAUCUGAUAUUACUCCAAAUUUAUUUAUUGCUGCCCACAUGCUGUCAUUGGGUUUGAGGUCUAAUAUUAGCCCAGGCCUAUUAUUGCACAUAUAACCACUAUUAUACCAUACUUUCCAUACUAGAAACUAGGUCCUCCAACAGUGCAGUAUUCCUCUGGAGUGUGAGUUUAGGUCUUUGUGUUCAAGCCUCUGUUUUUGGAAUUGAGUCCACAGCCUUCUGUCUCAGAGGUUAGAGCACUAAUUUCUCCUGAAUCAUCGCUAGUACCUGCAUGUUAUUUUAGACUCUUGUCACUUCUAGCUGAUUGUACAUUCAGUAGCAUUUUUCAUGGAGUAGCAUUCAUUCAGAGAAGAGCAAAAAUCCAGAAUGCAAACAGAAAACCUUCUGAGCCAUACCCCACUUUACAUGUGCUUGUUAUCGGUGCAGUCUUCAAAGAAACAAAACCAAGGAAAAAUAUUGGUUUUGAUUGUGACUUAAGGUUCAUGGAGCUAUAAAGCUCAUUUCCACAUUGAAUAUAUAUGUAUGGGAAUGGGUUUCAUAAAUAAUAUUUUAUGGCCUUUUUAAAGUGCAAAGGUACAGAAAUAUGCUAAUAAAUAUUUUAGUAUAAGAAUUGUGAUUUUGGUAAAUCUAUUUUAACUCAUGUUAACACCUUCAUUGCUAUGCUAUAUAUCUUAUACAUUGUCCAUAUCAGUCAGCUGGCUUUGUUUUGGAAGAUAUUAAUGUUUUACAGUUUUUAAAAAAACAAACAUGAGUGUUUUGCAUGUGCAUUAUGCUACCUGCUAGCAUGCAUGGUCCGUUUACUAUUGUGUUGACUGUUUCUUAAUAAAUGGAGGCCAUGUAUUCAGAUGUUUUAUUUCCUGUUAUAAAUAUUAAAUAACUGAUGUACUCUGUUAAAUUUAAUGCUAUCCAUAUGUAUCAUAACUGUGUACAGUGUGAUAAAGCUCCUAUGUCAAAUAAUAUAGACAAAUGUCCCAAUUGAGUGAAGGGCCCCUUGUUUUGUCCUGUUGGUGUGCAUGUGAGUGUGUGUGAGGCUCAUGAUUAAUUUCUGCAAUGGUCUACCAGACAUGGCCUGAUAUUUACAUCAUAUUUUAUGUAAAAUCCGUUUAUAAAAUGCCACAUGUUCCAAAUGUGCAAUGUAUAUUUAAACUUGGCUUUAUAUUUUAUCAGGUUACUUGUAAUUUCUCUCAUGCUGCUUCUACUCACAGUCUGCCUGCACUAUCACAACACAUCUACGGCUGAGUGUCCCAUUUUAGUUGCACAAGUAACAUGUUGAAGAAAGUCAAUGACCAUUUUUGUUAUUUAAUUAAAGACAAGUGACAGUGUUCUAUGUCAUGUAAAGAUCCUACUUAUUGAAUAGAAUUUUUGAAUAAAUAACCUCAAAAGC